AGAGAGAGAGAUCUAGAGCAGCAGCAGCAGCAGCAGCAGAGUAUCGUGCCGCACCCUUUCUGCUCCUCCCGGGACGCACAGCGCGGAUCACUGCGCACAGGUAACAGCCGCCCAAACUACCGGAAGCAAAGGAAAAAGCUCCAACACAGGUGACGGAAUCUGUUCGCCAAGUCUGAGUUUCUGGGACGAAAAAGAGGGGCAAACAAAACCCAAAAACCAAACCACCCCUGGAAUGGAGCCUCGAUAGAAACGGAGAAAAACAAUAAUUAGCUUUUUUUCAUUUGAAAUUGUUCACCUUGUGCUCAGAGCGUGACCUCAGGUACGACUGCGCAUUGUUCCUCAACUCGACGGGAACUGUGGAUCUGGAUUUACUUGAUGAACGAGUUCCUCUACACAGACGCAAGAAAAGAUUGAAGACCAGUGGAUCCCAAACCGCCGUACAGUGAAGGCCUCAGACUUCAAACUGGAUCCCUCCAGUCCUCACCUAUCCAGCUGAUGGCAGGCAGAUCUCCAGCCCACCAGGAAGUCUGAAUGACGCCCUAGACCAUCUCCUUUGCUUACUUUCUGCAUCUCCGCUCUCCUCUCCGUCCUCUUCUACUCUUGUCUGAUCCCACAAAUCAACCAGAUAUCUCACCAUGGAUACGCUGACUGAAGACAGAGAGGGAUGCUACUUAAACCGCAGUGUCAAUUUUUUCUAUGAGAAGAGUGGCAAGAACAUUAGCAGUCACUGGCGCACGCGUGACUAUGUGAUUGUCACUCUGGGCAUGACGGUCUGCUUCAUCGUCAUCUUUUCCAACCUGUUGGUCAUAGGCGCCAUUUUAAAAAACAGACGCUUUCACUAUCCCAUCUACUACCUGUUGGGUAACCUGGCUUUGGCAGACCUCUUCUCAGGUAUCGCCUACCUCCACUUGAUGUUUCAUACUGGUCCCUGGACCAUUAAGCUCUCUAAGUACCAGUGGUUUGUGCGACAGGGGCUGAUUGACACCAGCCUGACCGCUUCAGUCCUCAACCUCCUGGCUGUGGCAGUGGAGCGCCACCAAACCAUCUUCAACAUGCAGCUGCACAGUAAAAUGAGCACCCGGCGUGUUUUUGUUAUCAUUGUAUUCAUCUGGCUGGUGGCUAUAAUCAUGGGCCUGGUUCCCACCAUGGGCUGGCACUGCCUGUGCGACCUGGAUCACUGCUCCACCAUGGCGCCGAUGUACAGCCGCAGCUACCUGGUGUUCUGGGCCGUUCUCAACCUGCUAACCUUCUCUAUCAUGCUGGCUGUCUACACCCGGAUCUUUCUCUAUGUGCGGCACAAGAGCAAGCAGAUGUCGCAGCACACCUCCCAGAUGAGACACAGAGAGACAGUGUUUGCCCUGAUGAAGACCGUCUCCAUGAUCCUGGGUUGUUUUGUGAUCUGCUGGACGCCCGGCCUGGUGUUGCUGCUGCUCGACGGUCUGGGCUGUAACAGCUGUAAGGUGCUGCUAUUCGAGAAGUACUGCCUGGUGCUGGCAGAGUGCAACUCCUUCGUCAAUCCCAUCAUCUACUCCUUCAGGGACAAAGACAUGAGGAGGACCUUCAAGGAGAUCCUGUGCUGCCUGUGCCGGCGGGGCAGCAGCAAAAAGGGCAACUCUGAAGUCCACUUUAACACCAUGGAGCAUGAGAACUAUAAGUCUCGUACUGCCGAGCUGAUGGAGAGGAGCAACGGGACGCCUCUCAUCCGUGGGGGCACAGAAGACAUCCCUGACUCUUCAGAAAAGUGGAAUUAACUCAAACAACCAUAAACAUUCAACACACUCAAAACAUGCAGACACACACUUGACUCUGAAUUCUACAGUUCUGUGUAUACAAACAGUAAGACCCGUCCUUCUCCAACCAGCAGACUGUAGCGUCGGGCUCAAAAACUGCAGACAGCGCCUGCUCUGUUUGUGUCUGUUAAAGCUUAGUUGGUCAUCGGGCAAAGAAGAAUUGAUUAACUUAAAAUAUCCGUUGGCCAGCAUGAUAGCGGACGUGUCUUGUAAUUAAAAUGGAGUGGCUCAUUUGUGCUUUAUCAUCGACCUUUAGCAGACAUGGGGACGCAAACCCUCCAUUACUGGCCCAUUUAAACAACAUGGGGGGGUGGGACAGGACACUGGAGAGCUCAUUUCCUGUUAGGACAUAAAUGAACCGCCAGUUUUCCCUAAACAGAUGGUAGUGGUGGUAGAAGCAGCACUGACAGCCACUGAACAACUGGAACAAGCUGGCGGUGCACGGAAGAAAUGACUGAAAGUGUGUGGACGGUCGCAUAGCAGAAAUAUGUUCUCUGUUGAGUUAUAUAAGUUGUAAUUUCUGCCACAAAUGGCUGUAGUAAUAUCCUCAUGAUGGAUUAAUGUGUAUGUGCAGUCUGAUACAACAGACUUUAUGAUCAUUUUGGAGGAUGUAGUUUGUGGUCUUGUUGAACUGUAUUGCAUUAUACAGAAAGGUGCUUGGUAUUUAGCUUACAUUUAACUUAAAUGGCGUGCGUAUAAAGCAGUACAACACCAACGACUACGUCCUCCAGAAUGGUCAUACAGUUGAAUCAACACGUCUCUAAAAUAGUUCAAACAAAAACUGAACAUUAUAAACUUCUUUGAAGAAGGAUUUAUUUCAGGGCUGUUGUGUUAGACCGCAUUAGUUUUAGUCAGAUGUACCUAACAAACUGGCAACUGAGUUUAUAUAGAAUCACUGGAUAUCUGGUGUUACCAGGGUUCACUCACAGGAGUUGCAGUCAAAGUCCACUGAAGCUCAUGGAGGACUCCAGUAUCACUCCAUGCUGGGCUUUAUAAAGGGUUAUAAAUUGUAACUGAUGGAUUCCUUUACGGUUAAUAAGCAAUUUACCAAUGUUUUAGUAAAUGUAGACAGAGGCCAAUGUUAACAGCAACGCUUCCAGGUUGUGAAAAAUAUGGAACUUGCUCUGUGCUUUAACAAGCUCUUAAAUUCAUGUAGGAAUACCCCUCGUAUUGGGCCACUUGCAAAGCUGCAGAGCAUCCAGACCGAAAUGUAUUCAUUAACAGCUUUAUAUCUACAGCUGCUGCUGUUUAAGCCCUGAUCAGUUGCUGUCUUAGCCUCCUGUUUUCAUAAGUAUGUCUUUGAUUUUGAGUUACAUUGGGUGUAUACCCCCUUAUACCCACUUUUUUUAUCACCACUUCGCACAACUUAUUUAUCAUAGUUUUAGUAUUAGAAUUGGCAUGAGUGGUAUUGUUUUUUUUGUUUUCUGAAGACCUGGAGGAUUAUUGCACCAAAAGAACGCUUUAUCAGGAAUUUACUGCGUGUGUAACUAAACAUGACAGUUUACUAUUAAGAUAUAAACUUAAUGACCCUUUAUUGGCUCGCUUUUUAAUUAACUAUUUAAAGAUCUAACUAAAGAGACAGCAAAUAAAGAGAAUAAACACCAACCAAAUGGAUUCUUCCCAACCUGGCAACUUAGUUAUUCUUAUUAAUGGCUUAUUGAUGAUGAUGAAGAUGAUUUAUUAACAUUAAUAAAGCCUUUGUUAGAAUUUAUAACCCUGCUUUAAAGCAUUCCGGCACCUCUCUUCAUUUGUUUGGCAACAAAUCAGAAUCAUCUUCUGGGGUUUGUGAUUCUGAUUAGAUUGUUACAUAAUUUUAGAUGUAGGAUAUUUAUAGAUUUAACCCCAAUAUUUAAAGUAUACAAUAAGAUAAUUUUUGCCUUAUGCUUCAUAGAGUGGAAGAGACACCAAUCUUCUGGUGUGCAUGUUACGAUGCACAUUUUAUUUCUAUAUUUUACCUUUUAUUGUAAAUAUCAAAGGGAACUGACCGAUUUGUGCUAAAAGCUGUUUCUGCCUCAAACUUUUAUUUUUUAUAUUUCUUUGGGUUGUUUUUUGUUGUCACUGUAUGCUGCUAACACUGUGCAUCAUGUAAACUGUCUUUGUGCUGGAAUGAUGCACAAUAUUCAUUUGUAAAUUGUUUGUGAUAUAACAUUUUAUUUAUGAUCACAUUGAAAUUGUAGAUAUUAUGUACAGUAUUUAGUACACAGAUUUGCCAUCAGAGGCAGCUGCAACAAAAAAAAAACACCAUAAAGGGAAAUCAAGCUUUUGUUUAUUAGGGUAAUAUCCAGAAAUGUUAAAUUAAAAUGUUUAACCUUUUUGUUAAGCAUUGCUGAGUGAACAGAGCGUGUGAGUGAGUGAUUAUGAAGGUUUAGGGUAAUUAUAUUGCAGCUGAUGAGUAAGGCUGAUAUUUUUCUAGGAAAGAACCAUUUUGACCGUAACACUUUGUUUUGGUUUCCUGUGUGUAAUUUUCAACCAUGAUAAUCUGCCCUCAGUAACUGACAGUGACGUCAUUAAAAACUUUUAAUACA